CGACCAUUUCAAAGAUGAUAGCAGAUCCAGUCUCUUAAUUUCCUAUAAGACUGAGUCUUCGAUUUCGAUCUCUGCGGUCAUUAACCGGCUAAGCUAGAUUUCUUGCUUCUUCUACAAACCACAUUACAAUGGAGCUUCAUGCCAUAGCCCUUCUUGUUUUCAUGAGCCUUUUCCUUCCUAUCACUCUUGUAAAGGCACUUGGAAAUGAAACUGAUCGAGUCGCGUUGCUCAAAAUCAAAGAAUCCAUAUCGAGCGAUCCACAAGGGUUGUUGAACUCGUGGAAUGAUUCUCUUCACUUUUGCAACUGGCAUGGGAUCUCGUGUGGCUCAAGGCAUCAGAGAGUAGUGGUCUUAAACCUUUCUGAUUCUGACUUGCAUGGUACCAUAUCACCUUACAUUGGCAACCUCUCUUUCCUAAGGCGCAUCUACCUUGAUCACAACAUCUUCUCUGGAAAAAUUCCACAUCAACUUGAUCAUUUGUUCCGACUGCGCUAUCUCAAUCUUGUUCAUAACAAGUUAGAGGGAGAAAUUCCAGCCAACUUGACCUUCUGCAAGGAGCUGUAUGCCGUAAGCUUUGGACAUAACCAUCUUACAGGGUCAAUUCCACCUCAGAUAGGCUCAUUGGUGAAGCUGCAAUUAUUGACUUUAUCUGGAAAUAGAUUAUCAGGCCAGAUCCCUUCUUCUAUUGGAAAGCUUUCUCAAUUGUUUAAACUUGAUUUAUGGGGAAAUGAAUUAGAAGGCAGCAUUCCUCCAAGUAUUAGUAACUGCCAAAAUCUGCAGGACAUGGAUAUAUCACACAAUAAACUUAGUGGAGAUAUACCACCACAGGUCAUUGGCCUUUCUUCCUUCUCUCUGUUGCUCAACUUAUCGAAAAAUUCACUAACUGGCAAUCUGCCUGUGGAAGUGAGUAUGCUGAAGAAUCUCCACACACUGGACAUUUCUGAUAACAAUUUGACCGGAGGAAUUCCAGAACUUACUGGAAGCUGUCAGAGCUUUGUAUUUCUUUUACUACAAGGGAAUCUCUUUCAAGGAGUCAUACCAUCUUCUUUGGCUAGUCUGAGAGGUCUUCAGUAUUUUGAUCUUUCACGAAACAACUUGUCAGGAUCUAUCCCAAAAGACCUACAAACACUUCCAUUCUUAAUGUAUUUGAACAUUUCAUCAAAUAGUCUGGAGGGUGAAGUACCAAAAGAAGGAGUUUUUCAAAACAGAAGUGCAAUAUCAGUGGAUGGAAAUUCUAAACUUUGUGGUGGUGUUUCGGAAUUGCAGCUACCACCAUGUCCCAUCCAAGUCCCAAAGCAAAGAAAAUUGCAUGGUUUCAAACUAAAGUUAACAAUUUCUUUAGUCAUUGGAUGCCCCCUUCUGUUUGGAGCCAUCUUAGCUCUUUAUUGCAUGAGUAUAUCUCAAAAGAUUAAACCAUUACUAGCAGUAUCAUCAAUCCACUUUCUUCCAAAGAUUUCAUACCAAAAACUUCAUCAAGCUACUGGCGGAUUUUCCCCGAGCAAUCAAAUUGGAUCAGGUUGUUUUGGCUCUGUAUACAAAGGGAUUCUUGAUCAAGAAGAAAACAAUGUUGUUGCCAUAAAGGUCCUCAACCUUCAACAGAGAGGAGCUUCCAAAAGUUUUGUGGCAGAAUGCAAUGCGCUAAGAAAUAUCCGGCACAAGAAUCUUGUGAAGAUCUUAACAUGUUGCUCUAGCAUGGAUCCCAAUGGUAAUGAAUUCAAAGCUCUAGUUUUUGAGUACAUGUCAAAUGGAAGUUUGAAUGAGUGGCUGCACAGAGAAGACCAAUCGAGGAGUUUGAAUCUUCUUCAGAGACUGAAUAUUGCUGUUGAUGUGGCUGCUGCAUUGUAUUAUCUUCAUGACCAUUGUGAACCAAAAGUUAUUCACCGUGACAUAAAGCCAAGCAAUGUUCUUCUUGACAAUGACAUGGUUGCUCGUGUUGGGGAUUUUGGGCUAGCAAGACUCAUCUCAAUGACACCAGACUCCUCUGAGAAUCAAAGUAGCACACUCGGGAUAGAGGGAACCAUUGGCUAUGCUGCUCCAGAGUAUGCAGUUGGUGUUGAGCCAUCAAAACAAGGGGAUGUAUAUAGUUAUGGAAUCCUUGUGCUGCAAUUAUUCACCGGAAGAAGACCAACCGAUGACUUGUUUAAAGACGGCUUCAAUCUACACAACUUUGUUAAGGUUGCCAUUCCAGGAGGAUUUCUGCAGAUUUUGGAUCCUACUCUUACCGCCACUCUAGAAGAGACAACUUCAAUAACAGAGAAUGAAGUGAGUAGCAUUCAUGGUUACUACGAUGAAAUCCAAGCAGAUGAAGAGAACAUUUACCAUCAUAAUUUAAGCAAGAUGAACACAUGCAUACUUGCAACACUUAAGAUUGGACUUGCAUGCUCAGAAGAAUCACCAAGGAAUAGGAUGUCUAUGGAGGAGGUCCACAGGGAGCUACACCAUAUCAAAGAUGCUUACAGUGGUGUUAACAUCCGUCGACAGAGGCCAAAAUGAAGCUAAAUAAGAGGACUGCAUGAUCCUCAUGAUUUCCUGCAAAUAACCUUAUACAGUAUGGCAUGGCCGCAUGGGAAGCGAGGAGUCUAUUGUCUGAGCUGUUCUAUAGGAGGUCUAAAGGCAAGGGUAAUAUCCUGGUAGUUUGGAAGAACUACUAGGAAAUCUGUAGCUUAAUUAUGUGAAAUUCAAUUAUAAGAAAAUGGAGACCAUUCCAAUUAUAGCUGUAGUUUUGUUUUGUUCAAAUGAUUCAAUAUAAGUAUGUAACCCUUUCUUUACACUGGCAUUAGAAG